AUGGCAAGUCCAGCCCAAUGUCUCUACUGCUUUGAGUGCCUGGCUGCCUCUUACAGACGUCAUGAGCCCAUUAACCUCGAAAAUGUGGAAGAACUGUGGGAGAGAUAUGAGCGAUCAAAGAAAAUAGGGUCCCUUCAGGACAGUAAUGACCUCGGUCCACAGGUCACGGUAGAUGAGGAAGAGAUUGAUACACCACAGCAUGAGUCAUCUCAUUCGAAGGAUAACCGGCCAAAUGCCAUCAAAUUGCCCAGUGUCAGUCGUCUACAGAGUCAGCCAUCCUCAGACCCGUCGAGCACCGCGACUACUCCGUCUGCCAUGUCCACCAGUUCAUCGCGCUCUAUUCUAUCCAUCUCCACCGCAGUUACGACUCCAAGUUCAACAACCACGGUUUCCGAAACGGCGGAAGGUAUACAAAGGAGGUCGAGCGAUCAACGCUAUCCACUGUUUGUGACGUGGGAUACUCUUUCGAAGAAUGGUCGCAAGUCCCUCCGCGGAUGCAUUGGUACAUUUGAAGCGCAGGAGCUGUCUGAUGGACUAAAGUCCUACGCUCUCACUUCUGCAUUUGAUGACACUCGGUUUAGCCCGAUUCCCGAAUCACUUCUCCCAUCUCUGUCGUGUUCUCUAACUCUCCUGGGCUCCUUUGAACCCUGCACAAAUGCAUUGGAUUGGUCAGUCGGUGUUCAUGGUAUCCGUAUCUCCUUCAUCCAUCGUGGCCGUCGUUAUGGCGCGACAUACCUACCAGAUGUGGCGGUAGAGCAAGGCUGGACGAAGGAGGAGACCCUAGAAAGCUUGAUGCGCAAGGCUGGCUGGAAUGGACAGACAACGGGAAGCGUUACAAGGCGUCUGCUCAGGGGAAGCAGCAGUACCAGCCAUUCUGAGUCCGGCAAACCAUGGGAGCAGGUUUCGGACUUCCGCGUGGUUAGAUAUCAGGGUCUCAAGGCUAGCGCGAGCUACGCGGAAUGGCAGGACUGGCGCCAAUGGGUUUUGUCUUUGGAGGAUGGAAGCGAAGAAUUGCUACAUUCAACCUCCCGAUGA